CACCCCGACGCCGAGCAGUCCGGAGCGCUGAACUCCCGGGCCCAACGACACCCCUCUGACACCCCUCGGACACCCCUCGGACCCCCCUCGGACACCCCGGGCCGCUCCUGCGGAGGCGAGCUCCUGUCCGGGAGCCGGGGCCAGGUGGGGAGCGCAGGUGAGAGCGAGGAGCGGCACCUCCGCGCCCGGCGCCCGCCCCCAGACUCCGAAGGACGCCAGGUUCCUGGGGGACCCCGUCUCCCCGAGCGGCCGAGCAGAUCCUGACUGAGCCCCCAGCUAAGCUGCCCCCUGCCUUGGAAGGAUGGAAGCCCAGGAGAGUGCUGUCCAGUACAGCCGAUGGAGCAACAGCCAGGAUGAGGUCAGCAUGAAUGUGUCCGCCUCGGAGAGCUCGGGCUGUGAGCGGAUCUACACCAAGCUUUGCACUGGGAAGCUGGGCAUUGCCCUGAAGUUGGUAGGCGGAAUCAUUCUGUUCUGGGUCAUCUUCAUCAUCGGCUAUGUCACCGGCUACUACAUCCACAAGUGCAAGUAGCCCUCGUCUGAGCUGCCGGACAACUUUGCAAGCCCUCCGACCGCCCAGAGACCUCUUGCUUCCUGGCUCAGACCACCGGGACAGACUGGCCCCUGGGGGCACAGCCACCUAUAGAUAUAGACACCCACACCCACACAUAUACAUACAGGGACAGAUCUAUGGACAAAUACUGAGGCCCUUUUCAGAGAAAGAGAAACACAUUCCUAGUGUGGAAGGCACACACUGAAACAGACACUGGACAGGGGAGGAGACGCACAGACACUAACACGGAGACCCUCACCCACAUCUCUCUCCCGCCCCGGCCCAGGAUAGAACUCCAGACCAAGCCAGUCACAUCCCAUCCUUGCCCUGCCGCAUCCCACCCCAGGGGGAGGCUCACAUUCAGUUACCGAAGCCCAGGACUGUAUCCCCUACUCAUCCCUUCUUCCUCGCCGACCAGACGACCGCUUCUUUUGGACCUAUGACUGCCCUAAACAGCCAGAGGUCUGAGGAAGAUGGGAGGAGCCAGAGCCCAGUUUUCUCCCUCAGAAACCCCUCUGCCAUUCUGGUUUAUGUUCAGAACAGGAGUCAGACCCAGGAUUUCUACCCAUCCUUGGUAAGAGCAAGAUCUUGACAGGAGGGGAUCAUUCAGUUAGGGAAAGCCACACAAGGAACCAUUAACCAACCGGGGCUCAGAAUCAGAAGCAAAACAACUCUUGGGGUUUUAAUUUUUGUCCAACUCUAGGUGUGUGUGUGGGGGGACAAAAUCUGCCUCCCAUUUUUUGGGACCCCUCCCUGUCCUGCCCCAGGUCACCACUCUAUUUCUUGAGAAAUUUCUUUGAGCCCGAUUUCUACAUCUAUCUGUUGAGGAGGAGAAAGGCAAGUGGCCCUUUUAUCUCCAGCAAAAUUUUUUUAAAAAGACAACAUCAGGUAUGGGGAAGGAGGUUCUUGCUUCAAAACCUGACUGACUCUCCCUUUUAUGUGCAGGAUGGAAAGUUAUUUCCAUUUCUGAGCCUCUUUUUCUUAACUGUAAGAUGAGACUAAAUGGCUCUGAAGUUCCCUUUCAUCUCUAACUACAUGGAGUCCCAGCAAAGCCAAAAAUUUCCCAUCAUCCCUAGGGAUCAGCAGGGAAAUCCAAAGCUUUACCCCCAGUGUCUGUUAAAGCUCCUUCCCUAGACCCACAGGCCCCUGGCUAUAUCACUGGCCCACUUAUGUGUGUGUGUGUGUGGGGGGGGAUGUAAUUCUGGAGCCAUUGUAAGAGGUAUCCCCUCUAAAGUUCUUCCUUUGCCCCCUCCCCUGGAUUUGCCCUCAAUUGCUGCACAAAGUCCCAGGGAAUUCUAUCCCCUGGCCUGCCCUGAAGGAAGAAAAUCCCAGUGAAAAUGAGUUGGGGGUCUGAUCUCUCUGAUGGCCCCUAGUCGCAGGUGCACAAAGAUUUUCAGAGCCAGGAGAAGCCGUCUCCAUCCUGAGGAGCCUUCCCUCCUGAUCCAUGAUCUUACCCACAAGGCAGAGGCUGAGCCACGGAGGACUGGGGCGUUCCGGGGUUGGCCCAUCCCUCUA